UACUAGUUCUUAAUAAACGCUGUUUAAAUCUGCCUCGUCCUUUUUGAUUAUUUGAAACUGUUUCAAGUUACAUAUAUUGACAUAACUUUAAAGCUAAAAUUAACAGAAGAAAACAGAAGCAGAGACAGUCUUUAACAUUAAAAGGUCCGUCACGCACAGUGAAACUCUUGAAAUUGUUUAACUGAUGAUACUCAUUCUCACCCCGCCCAACAAAGACAAACCGGUCCAAGCAGAAAGAUCUCGACAGGAAUGACUAAUGUUGCUUACAGGUGGAAGUAAAACGUUCACUGCAGUUGUCAGUCAUCAUGUCGUCUACAAGAAAAAACGUCCAGUAAUUUGUUCGGAAAGAGUUGUUUUAAAUUCAGCUGAAGUUUAGCAUCUUCUGCUAUCACAAUGGAACACAAGAAGAGAGUAUGGCCCAAGCUGAAGAUAGGGAAGAUGGGUCUAGGGAAGAAGAAGAAGACUCCUUUAAAAUACAGGAGGAGUAUGUCGGUACCAGACCUCAGGUUCACUCCGCACAAUAUGCCAGCUUUGGAGGAUGAUUCCAGGACACCUGUUCAAGGCACCAUUUUCUUUGGAAACCUGAUAGUUCCUGAUGAUAUAGAUGGAAUGUGUGCCUUUUCUGAUCAGUUUACGGCCACUGACACACCAUAUUCAUGCAGCCCAGCGCCAUCAGAGAGAUCAAUGCCUGCAGACUUUCCAGUUUCAGUCGAGACUACAGUGGAUAAAAACUCAGACCAGCCAAGAAACACCACAUGGUACAUAGAGGAUUUAGAUGCAGCUCCCACACCUACAAACUGGGCCUCUGUGCCAGCGGAGAGAACAUCGCCUGCUCUAAGACCAAAAGAUCCCAAACUGGUUGCAGCCUUUUGUAGAGCCAAUGCAGGAAGACAAACACCUACUGCCCAUGCCUCAGAGAGUGAAAUCUCAGCACUGGCCUCCACAGAGUCAGUCAGCACUACUUCUGAGAAGCAGGUUUGGCAUACUGACCAAGAGACAUCUCCAUCAGAAAUGUUCAUUAUCGGGUCGGCUGAAGACAUGGAAGAUGACAUUCCUAAUGAAACCAGUGACUUUGAUACCCUUUCCCUUCCAGAAGAAGAACAGAAUAUCAUCUCAGGAGGAUUAAGCGACAGUCAGAUUUCUCUAGCACUGCAGAAGGUCCAGUAUCUCCUCACUAUCAAGCUAAAGGAAGGCAGGAACCUGGUUGUCAGAGACCGCUCAGGAACAAGUGACCCAUUUGUCAAAUUUAAAUUAGGUGGUAAGAACAUCUACAAAAGCAAAGUUGUUAACAAGAAUCUGAACCCCACCUGGAACGAAUCAUUUUCCUUUCCUGUCAGAGACCUUGAUCAGACUGUUCAUAUCAAGGUGUACGAUCGUGACAUAAGAUCUAACGACUUUAUGGGAUCAAGCAGCUUUGCUCUCUAUAAACUGGAAUUGGACAAAACGAUUCCAUUGACACUGUGUUUGGAGGAUCCCAACAGUGUAGAGGAAGAUAUGGGAGUGAUCAUUAUAGAGGCCUCUCUGUCCAUACGGGAGGAACCUGCCAAAAGAAAUAAAUGGCUACUGAGGAGAAAGGGAAGCUUCAAUAAGGGUCAGCCGAUAAGCCAGGCGCAGGUUGCGCGACUCAUGGGAGGACAGAAGUGUCAGGUGUGGAGUGGAGUUUACUCUGUCAUCCUGGUCGAAGGCCAAGACAUGCCUGACUGUGGUCAGGGAGACAUCUAUGUACGCUUUAGAGUGGGAGACCAGAGAGUCAGGAGCAAGAAUCUGUGUAUUAAGGCAAACCCGCAGUGGAAAGAGUCUUUCGACUUUAACCAGUUCCAAGAUGCACAUGAGAGUUUGGUGGUAGAAGUUUGUUGCAAGAGGGGUAGGAAGUCAGAGGAGUGCUGGGGAGUGCUGGAAAUUGACCUGACCAAGCUUCCUGUUAAUCAAAGGCAGUUAUAUACUCGUGUGCUGGACCCAGGCAAGGGCCGACUGGUUUUCUUGGUCACACUGACCCCCUGUUCUGGUGUGUCCAUCUCAGACAUGCAGUCUGCUCCAUUAGAGAAUCCCAGGACCUAUGAGAAGAUGCUGGAACAAUAUAGACUGAGCAACUCUCUGGGAGACUUGAAGGAAGUCGGCUAUCUUCAAAUCAAGUUAAUAAAGGCCACAGAUCUUUCAUCAGCAGAUAUAAGUGGUAAAAGUGACCCCUUCUGUACACUUGAGCUUGGUAAUAGCAAACUGCAAACCCACACAGUAUCCAAAACCUUGAAUCCUGAGUGGAAGACAGCCUUAACAUUCCCCAUUAAGGACAUCCAUGAUGUCUUGGUGCUGACAGUCUAUCACGAUGAUGGAGACAAAGCUCCUGACUUCUUGGGGAAAGUUGCCAUUCCUUUACUGAGUGUUUCCAAUGGCCAGCAAAUAACCAGAAUGUUGAAGAAUAAUAACCUAUCCAGGGCAGCUAAAGGAAGCAUCACACUGGAGCUGGAUGUGAUCUACAACCCUAUCAGAGCAAGCAUCAAAACAUUCCAACCUAAAGAAACAAAGUUUGCAGAGGACAACCCAAAGUUUAACAAAAAGCUCUUAGCAUGUAAUAUCUAUCGAGUGAGGAAGAUCAGCAUGGCCAUCCUCUAUACGCUGCAGUAUAUUAAAAGCUGCUUCCACUGGGAGAACACACAGAGGAGUAUUACAGCUUUCCUGAUAUUUGUGGUGACAGUAUGGCUCUGGGAGCUGUUCAUGUUGCCUCUCUUUCUCCUCCUGCUCAUUGGCUGGAACUACUUCCACAUCACACCAGGCAUGGCCAGCUACAGUCAGGACCUGGAGAGCAUGUCCAUGGUGGAGGACGAGGACGAGGAUGAAAAGGAAUCAGAGAAAAGAGGACUGAUGGAAAAAAUCCACAUGGUUCAGGAAAUUGUGCUUACAGUUCAAAACACUUUAGAUGAAGUGGCUUGCAUUGGGGAAAGAGUAAAAAACACAUUCAACUGGUCCAUACCAUUCUUGUCCUUCCUGGCCUGCCUGGUUUUGUUUCUGGCCACUAUAGCCUUGUACUUCAUCCCACUGCGGUACAUCAUUUUACUGUGGGGUGUUAACAAAUUUACCAAGAAGCUUCGCAACCCAUAUGCCAUUGACAAUAAUGAAAUCCUGGAUUUUCUCAAGAGGGUGCCUUCUGAUAUUCAAAAGGUGCAGUACAGCGAGCUGAGAGCCGAGCUCAGCAACCAGGGCCUGGUGAAAAAGAAACGCUUGCGCUGAAACCCAUCGGACAUGUCGGAUGAAAGGGAAGGACGACGUUUGAAGACACGGUGUGUUUAAGUCAUUACGGCCCAUGUGAGAGGAGGAAACCCCUUGUGCCAUGCCAUCUGCGUUUCCAACAAGGUGUAUUCACUGUCCACUCUGUGCUAGUGUGUGUAUAUAUUUGUAUCCGUGUGUGUGUUUGUGUGUGUGUGUGUGUGUGUGUGUGUGUGAGAGAGAGUCAAAGAGAAAGCGGGGCCCCUCUUGACAAGGCCUUUGGCUCUCACUGACUCUCAUGUUCACAGUGUGUGAGCAUAUGAAGGUAAAGUCGGGCUCCAACAGACUCUGCAUGUGGCCACACUGAAAUUCGCUGAAAUACGACACAGCCAGCAAACAAAUGACUUAUGCCUUGCAAUUCAUCUAUUAAUGUCUUUUUAGGGACCACAUUCUGCUUCAUUUAACAAAAGAUAAAUUGCAAAACAACAUGCUCCCUAUUGUUUGUGUUUACUGCAAAUUAUUCAAAUGAGGGUAAAAUAUUUGUAAUAUACUGUAUUUCACUCAAUAGUUUAUCAAACUAUGGGAAAUAUUCAAGCAACUUUAAAUGCCAUUUAACAUGAAUUCUCCUUAUUGUAAAUGCAGCUACUUUUUAAGAAUCUAUAAUGUAUGUUUUGUUUGGUUUUUAAAGGUAUAGUUCACCCCCCAAAAAAUAUUCUUUUUCUUUCUUCAUAAUUGACAGACCCUGAUGUAGUUGCAAACCCUUAUGAUUUUCUUUCUUGAAUAUGGAACACAAAAGAAGAUUUUGUGACCUCAGUCACCAUUCACUUUCAUUGCACCUUUUCAUAUAGAUUUGGAACAUCAUGAGGGUGAAUAAAUGCUCACAGAAUUUUCAUUUUUGGGUGAACUAUCCCUUUAACUUACUGUUUCCUGCCAAUCUUUUUGUAUAUUUAUGCAGCAGAUAAAGAUAAUAUGAAGAUGAUAACUAAAUGUUUGACUUCUUGAAUGUGUUUUUCUUCUCCUGCGUCCUUAACACUGUAUUACUUGUGAAGGACGCCCUCUAUGUGAAUACAUGGCCGCAUUAUUUCACAGAAGAGUAUACUGGUCACUGUUUAGCUCUGCUCAUGUAGAACACAUCAAAGUCUGUGUGUGUCCAGAGCAGUCAGCUAAUGCACUGCUUUUGUAAUACACUGGCAAUAACAAGGUCCAUAUGAGAGAGCUCAUCUCACAUAAAGAGGUAGAGAGAAAGAGAGAGAGAGAGUAUAUACACUCCAUACCCCGCACUUAGUGUCUCCCAUUUUCAUUAAAAUCACCUCCAGUGCCUAAUGGCUCUCUACUAGACCCAUCUCUCUGUAGUGUUGCUACCAGUGAUGGGGCCUCGAGUAGAGCAAAUGGAGAUUUCCUGCCUCAUCAACUUAUUUAUUCAUCUUACAGUCAUAUUCCAGCCUCUCCUCCAUCAGAGAGUAUUUUUAUAGAUAGCAAUAUUUCCAAAGUGACACAUCUCGAAUUUGGGCAUUCAAAGCAUUGAAAUGAUGGUUAACUGAUUAUUAAUUAACUUCAUAAUAAGUGCUGUUAAUUUGCACCUUUUUUUUAAUUUUAUUUUUACAGUGAUGAUUUUUAUUGUACUUCAUUAUAAUUUUCAGACUUUAUCCGAGACAGAUGAAGUUAAAGUUUCUUUCAUAGAAAUGCAAAGCUGAACAGAAAAAGAAAACUUCCUCAGAAGUCAUCUUGUUGCCUGCUCUCCCUUAAUUUACUGAGCGAGGUAAAUAACAGAGCAAAUGCUUUGUAAAAAUAGCCGUGCUCGGGCUGAGUUCUGUCUGGUUCUCGCCAUACAGUUGAGCCCGAGACCCCAGUUCAGGGAGUUUGCUCAGACUGAUUGGAGGGCUCAGCAUACUAGUCUGGCCCCCUCCUUCUCUCUCUCCCUCCCUUCACUCCUCUGCAGUUUGGAGCUGGUGAAAGAGCAUCAGUUGGUGCAGCGUUUGAUUGGCUCUAAGGGACCUGCUGGAGCCUGGGGCUAUCUCUUUUGGCAGUCUGAUAGAGACAUCACUGCACUCUCCCAGGAGCUGCCACCAGGGGUCCGAUUCAAAGCGAGGGGGAGUGGAGGUGACCCACAGCCCUCUGACAAGAGAAAUCCCACACACAAACUCCAUGCCUUCUUCCUGUGCCGACUCCACUGGGGGGCCACAGAGAGAGCGAGAGCGGGGAGGGGAGGGCCAGUGUCCAUUAGCUUAGUAAAUGAGACCCCAUCAGAUGUCUGCGUGAGGUGAAACCAAUUAAACAAUGCUUGCAGGAAAGCUCUAGUCUUGGGGUUAACACCAAAACUUGAAAGCAAGCCUUUAAGUGGAUGUGAAGUGUUUGUGCUGGAGGAGAGUAAUGAUCUUCAAAAAUUCAACACCAUCUCGAUAACCCAGAUGAAAUGAGAGGCUGUCGAUUGUAGUCUCUCUUAAAGAGGGGGGCGACGCAGCAUUCAUCACUGAGAGCUUGUAUUGACAAGUGUAUUUUGAUUAUUGUAAACUGCCUAAAGGAAAAUCCUAUGCUUUGAAGUUUCAGCAAUAAAAAGAUUUGGCAAAUAGAAAAAAAUAAAUAAAUGUACAAAAUCAUUAACAGUGCUCACUUCUGAGAAAAUUCAGAUUGUCAGCUCUAAUAUUGCCACACUGUAAACCCUAAUGUUGUCAUUACUGGAAAAACCAAGUUGUCUUGAUUAAACGUUACUUGAAAUGUCAAGUUUAGCAAAUUCCUUAAACUUUUUUUUCAAAAACAUAAUAAAGAAAUAAAUAAAGAAUAGACUAAAGAUGUUAAGUGUUAACACCUCAAACUAUUGAGGACAAAAUUGAGGCUUUGGAGAA